CGUCGCUGCGUCGGGAGCGCGCGACGAUCCCGGAAGUGCGCUGCGGUGUAGGAACGGGCCGGCAGGCCGGGUGCGGGGCUCGGCUGAGGCGCGAAGUGAGCGUGAAGCGGUGUGAACUGAGCUGAGCGCCGCCCGCCGUCCCGCGCUGGCCAUGACGAACUUCAUCUCGGUGCAGCUGAAGAAGGCCUCGGAGGUGGAUCUGGCCAAGCCGCUCUGCAAGUUCAUUCAGCAGAGCUACCCGAGCGGCGACGCCCAGGCCGAGCACUGCCGCGCCGCCGAGGAGCUCAGCAAGCUGCGCAAGAGCGCCUUGGGCCGCCCGCUCGAUAAGCACGAGAGCGCACUCGAGACCCUCCUUAGAUAUUAUGAUCAGCUGUGUUCAAUUGAACCAAAAUUUCCAUUCUCUGAGAAUCAGGUCUGUGUAACGUUUACAUGGAAAGAUGCUUUUGAUAAAGGAUCGCUUUUUGGAGGCUCUGUCAAACUGGCUCUGGCAAGUUUGGGGUAUGAGAAGACCUGUGUUUUGUUCAACUGUGGAGCAUUGGCAAGCCAGAUUGCAGCAGAACAGAAUCUAGAUAAUGACGAAGGGCUAAAAGCUGCAGCUAAACACUAUCAGUUUGCAAGUGGUGCUUUCCAACACAUUAAAGACACCGUCCUGUCAGCUCUGAACAGAGAACCUACAGUGGACAUCUCUCCAGACACAGUUGGAACCCUCAGUCUCAUUAUGCUGGCUCAAGCACAAGAAGUGUUUUUUUUGAAAGCAACAAGAGAUAAAAUGAAAGAUGCCAUCAUAGCUAAACUAGCUAAUCAAGCUGCAGAUUACUAUGGUGAUGCUUACAAACAGUGUCAGUACAAAGAUACUCUGCCCAAGUAUUUUUAUUUCCAGGAGGUGUUUCCUGUUCUGGCUGCAAAGCACUGCAUUAUGCAGGCCAAUGCAGAAUAUCAUCAAUCUAUCCUGGCAAAACAGCAGAAGAAAUUUGGUGAAGAAAUUGGGAGGUUGCAGCAUGCAGCAGACUUGGUGAAAACAGUGGCGUCUCGUUAUGAUGAAUACAUCAAUGUUAAAGAUUUGGUGGACAAAAUCAACCGUGCGCUUACAGCUGCCAAAAAAGAUAACGACUUCAUUUAUCAUGACCGUGUUCCUGACCUGAAAGAUUUGGAGCCCAUUGGAAAAGCCAGCCUUGUCAAGUCUACUCCAGUUGUUGUGCCCCUCAGUCAGAAAUUCACUGACCUGUUUGAGAAGAUGGUUCCCUUGCAAGUUCAGCAAUCUGUGAGUGUUUAUAACCAGAGGAAGGCAGAUCUAGUAAACAGGCUAAUAGCCCAGAUGAGAGAAGCCACAAAUUUGGCAAAUGGAGUGUUGGCUUCCCUCAAUCUUCCGGCUGCCAUAGAAGAUGUGUCUGGUGAUACUGUUCCUCAGUCCAUUCUGAACAAAUCUAAGGCUGUGAUUGAACAGGGAGGAGUUCAGACUAUCGAUCAGCUGAUCAAAGAUCUACCUGAACUGCUACAAAGGAACAAAGAAAUCUUAGAUGAAUCACUACGGUUAUUAGACGAGGAAGAAACUACAGACAGUGAACUCCGAACAAAAUUCAAAGAACGUUGGCAGCGAACACCAUCCAAUGAUCUCUAUAAACCUUUAAGGGCAGAGGGAGCCAACUUCCGUAAUAUCUUGAAUAAAGCUGUGCAAGCAGAUGGACAGGUUAGAGAAGGCUAUCAGUCUCACCGGGAUACCAUUGCACUUCUGUGUAAGCCAGAGGCAGAACUCAAUGCAGCCAUUCCUUCUGCCAACCCAGCAAAAACAUUACAAGGGAGCGAGGUCGUUAAUGUAUUAAAAACUUUGCUGGCUAGUCUGGAUGAAGUCAAAAAGGAGAGAGAACAACUGGAAAAUGACCUAAAAUCUGUAAAUUUUGACAUGACGAAUAAAUUCCUGACUGCACUUGCACAGGAUGGUGCUAUAAAUGAGGAGGCUAUCUCUGUGACAGAGUUGGACAGAAUUUAUGGAAGUUACACACAGAAAGUGCAGGAAUCCCUGAAAAAGCAGGAAGGACUUCUCAAAAACAUUCAGAAUGCACAUCAGGAUUUUGCAAAGAUGAAACAAUCAAACAACGAAUCUAAUUUGAGAGAAGAAGUUUUGAAGAACUUGGCUGUAGCAAAUGACAACUUCGUGGAACUCCUAGCUAAUUUAAAAGAAGGCACAAAGUUUUACAAUGAGCUGACAGAAAUCCUUCUGAAGUUCCAAAACAAAUGCAGUGACAUUGUCUUUGCUCGCAAGACUGAAAGAGAUGAACUGCUCAAAGAUUUGCAACAAAGCAUUGCUAGGGAGCCCAGUGCACCCUCCAUUCCUCUGCCUACUUAUCAGACCACGCCAGCUGGAGGAAGUAAGCCUGCUGCUCCAUCAGCUCCCACUCCAGCACCCAGAACCAUGGUGGGUACUAAACCACAGCCACCAGCACGGCCACCACCACCAGUGAUUUCUGCAGCAAGCAGUUCCCCAUCUGCAUCAGCACCCUCUGGAACAGCUGCGGCACCUCCUUCUGCUCCUGCUCCUGCUCCUGCUGCUCCUACUCCAGCUCCAGGAGUCAGUGCAUCAAGCACUGUGCCUUCACAGGCACAGGGACCUCCUUACCCCACUUAUCCAGGUUACCCAGGGUACUGCCAGAUGCCAAUGCCAAUAGGCUAUAAUCCAUACAUGUAUGGCCAGUAUGGGCCGUAUGCCCCAUCACCUGUAUUUCAAAACCCUGGACAACCACCAUAUCCUCAGCAACCUGGAUACCCUUUUCCUCAACAGCCUUAUUUCCCACAGCAAUAAUAUAUCCGCGACAAAACUCUGCUUGUUAAAGAUCUUGGAGAAAUUUGCAAUAAGCAUACUAAAACUUUAGCUUCCGUUAACGUACCAUACUGAACUGUAUGCAGUCUAUAACUCUUGUUUGUUGUUAACUGCUCAAAAAUGUCUAGAUGGGUUUUUGAUUACACUAAACACUGAGAUCAGGUAUAGGCUGUAGAGCAAUGCCAGAAUUAGAACCUAGUUCAGUGGUCUGAAAACUCUACACUACAUGUUGACUAGCCCAAAAUGUUUCUCUGCAAAAAUCCUUCCAAUAACAAGUGGGAUCAGAUGAGAAAAAUGAAGCAGGGUGUGCACUGGGUGUGAUAUAUUCUAUGAAGCUAUAUAGCCUUUCCUUCUAUACUCUAUUGGUUUGUAUUUUUUUUUUUUUUGAGUUUAGUUAAAAUAUGCUAUUUUGUCUAAUAAUCAAGACCUUGUAAAUCAAUGGUUAAAAAUAAAUUACAUAAGGAUGGUUUAAAUAUUUACCAUUUUCAUUACCAGAAAAAUGUAUUGUGAUGUACUGUCUCUUAGAUUCUUCCAUUUAUCCCUUGACUUACACUUGACCAUAACACAAAACCAACUUUGAGUGCUUAGCCUUACAAUUGAAUUUCAACCUCUUCUUGAGCUUUUUUGUUGUUGUUGUUGACAGCCUGAAACUAACCAUUUAGAUACACAGCAGGUAAAGUCGUGCGGGUAGAAUCCUGUACCUAUGAAGUACAUUUGAUUAAAAAGUGCUGAUUACCACUUUAAAAUAAUGGUUGCUCUCAUCUCAAGAACCCUUUUUAAAAGAAGGGAGUUGAAUCAAGGUCCUUGUUAGAGGAGCAGUGGUUGGUUGCUGUAGAACCCAUGUUUUUCUGAGAAAAGUUGCUCAGAAGUGUGUAAUGACUUAACAUAGGGCAGCUACUGAUUGUUGGAAUUUUCCAGAUUGUUUUUAUGUGAUUUUUCCUUUGAUCCCCUCAAAGUGUAAUGCGUUCCCUCGUGGAGUUCAUAACGAGUGGAGAAACUGGUUUGUUUUUUUUUGGUUUUUUUGGUGGAUAAAAGAAUCAUCUGGCAAAUGACAGCACGUAUGAUAUUUACUUUUGGAUCCAUCUUCUCAAGGGACUAACAACCUUAUGUUGCAUUUUACAUUAGAUAGUGAAGAAUCUAAGGUUGUGGUUAACGGCUUCUACCAAAUACUUGCUAAGCAUUUUUCAAUCUCUUUUAGACUUGUUUGUGCAGUACGGGACUCUCUUCCUUUUAGCCCUUCACAUGUGUUACUUGGUUCUGUGGGGCAUUUGGUUUCUUGAGUGCUUCAUUCAAGAUGUUCUGGCCGUACAGAAUAGCUAUCACAAAACUAUGUUAAGUGUUUCUACUUUUAUUUUUCUAUUUAAGUGCCUGAUUAAAAUAGCAAGGUAUAUUUUAAUGUAGAGGUUUAAGGGUGCCAGUUUUUGUAGCAUCUGGGUGGAAACCUCACUAGAUCCUGAAUCCUCUUCCUCUUAAAAGAGAGCAGCAUGCAGAUCCAUAUGAGCUCCUUUCUUUGUCUCGAGUUCUUGCUAUGAGAUCGCUCCAAUUGCUUUGUGGAGACUAAUCGUCAGCUCUAAUCGUCUUUUAAGCUCCCUGUCCCCUACAGAAAAUGCCAAUCAAAAGGUGUAAAGUACUCCUCUUUCAGAACAUGAGUAUCUAAUUAAAAAUAAAUUUAUUAGUCCUGUAGAAGCUCUGUGACUUGGGGGAAAAUGGUGGAUUAGGGGAAUACAGCACCACGGAUACAACAGUGCAUGAAAAUGAGUGCUUUGCAUUUCCCUUUAUAAGAGGCUGCAUGGGGUGGCAUGGGAACUUCUCAAACUUCUUCUUUUGUCAUAAUGCAGAGGCGGCAAGCAAGGAUAAUGAGCAAAAGCUAGGAAGGGGACUGAUUUGAACCAACUAUCAGAACCUGCUUUUACUCAACUGGAAAAAGAAAACCAACACAGUAGUUUUCCACUGAUUUCACUGUGUUGAUGUGAGCAAGCGCAAGUCUAAUGCCACCAUUUGAGUUCUGCAUUUCUAGUACACAGUCGCCUGUAGAUUAUUCCAUUUGUACAUCAGAUGCUUUUGAGUAACUGUGAUAAGUUUGUUUCUAGUGCCUCAAUUUACAGAAUUUUGAUGCUGUAUAAAAUGUAACCUGUGCAGCAGAAGGAUUCCUAACGCUGAAAUUUAUGUUUAAAUUUCGUAGAUCUGAAAUCACUGUUAAAACAUUUUUCCAGCUGUGUUAGUUUACUUGAGUCUGCUGUCAGUUGAAUGUGUAUAGAAACCUGUGCAUUACUUUCAGCUUUCACAUGACUGUUUCCUUUUCUUUCAAGAGAACAGAAAAACCCAGAGACAUGUCUGUAUCUGCUUUCUGAGCAUGCAGCUAUCAUGACUUCAGUUGAAAUGUUACCUUGUUCUUCUAUAGUUUAUUAAAAAAAAACAAUUAGAAAACCUGA